AUGAUUGAUGAUGAUGAUGAUGAUGAUGAUGAUGAUGAUGAUGAUGAUGAUGAUGAUGAUGAUGAUGAUGAUGAUGAUGAUGAUGAUGAUGAUGAUGAUGAUGAUGAUGAUGAUGAUGAUGAUGAUGAUGAUGAUGAUGAUGAUGAUGAUGAUGAUGAUGAUGAUGAUGAUGAUGAUGAUGAUGAUGAUGAUGAUGAUGAUGAUGAUGAUGAUGAUGAUGAUGAUGAUGAUGAUUGA